AUCAUCUGAUAUUCCAAGAUGCAUCAGUUUUCUCGAUUAACGUUCUUUUUCUUCAUUUUAUUCCUUCAAGGGUUUUCGGCCCUAGGACAAAAUGACGCUACAGUAGAAGUGAUCUCAAACUUUAUAGGGUGUUUGAAACAAAGCGGUGUGUUCUCAUAUGAACAAAAUGAGGAUCUGAACCUAGUCUUAGAAACGGCCAAAAUGCAGAGAAAUAAAAUGGGAAACAGAGUAACAGAAAGCAAACUUAAAACAAUAAGGAUGGGUGUGGCUGGAUCCAUAGCUGAAACAGCAGUAGCUUCCCCGAAUGGAGCUUCUCCGUCUUUGACAAGCAGCGUUGACAACUGUUUGACUAGCGCAAUGCUCCAAGUGACUGGACAAGUAGAUCAAACUUUCAGAACGGAAAUGUCGCAAAUCAUGCAGGUAGUGUAUAAUGACGAAAAAAAUUCUGUAUCUUCAUACGGAUAUGGCGCUGGCGCAGGAGCAGGAGCCGGUGCCGGAGCCGGAGCUGGAGCUGGAUAUGGAGGGGGGUACGGAAUCGGUAACGGUGCUGGAUCAGGCGCUGGAUAUGGAGCUGGAGUUGGAUCAGCCGCAGGAUCAGGAGCAGGUUCGGGAGCAGGAGCUGGAGCUGGAUUUGGAGGUGGAUACGGUGCGGGAGCUGGUGCAGGUGCUGGAGCCGGAGCUGGAUUUGGAAGAGGAUAUGGUGCUGGUUCGGGAGCUGGCGCUGGAGCAGGUGCUGGAGUGGGAUUUGGAUCUGGAGCAGGAGCCGGAGCUGGGGCUGGAUCAGGUGCGGGAGCCGGAAGUGGUUACGGUGCUGGUUCUGGAGCUGGAUUUGGAUCAGGAGCUGGAUCUGGAUCUGGAUCAGGAGCUGGAGCUGGUUACGGAUCGGGAUCAGGAAGCGGUUAUGGUGCUGGAUCAGGUUCAGGAGCCGGAGCUGGAUCGGGUGCCGGAGCGGGAUCUGGAUCAAGUGCUGGAGCUGGAUACGGAUCUGGCGCUGGAUCAGGAGCUGGAUCUGGAUCAGGAGCGGGCGGUGGAUACGGAUCGGGUGCAGGAGCCGGAGCUGGGUCAGGUUCUGGAGCUGGAUCAGGUGCCGGAGCAGGAUACGGAGCAGGAUCAGGUGCUGGAUCGGGAUCUGGUAGCGGUUACGGUGCUGGAUCAGGUGCAGGAGCCGGAGCUGGAGCGGGAUCAGGAGCUGGAUACGGAUCGGGUGCUGGAGCCGGAGCUGGAUCAGGAUCAGGAACCGGUUACGGAAGUGGUUCUGGAGCUGGAUCCGGUGCUGGUGCGGGAUCUGGAAGCGGUUAUGGUGCUGGAUCAGGUGCAGGAGCCGGAGCAGGUUCAGGUGCUGGAUCGGGUGGAGGAGCCGGAUAUGGAUCAGGUGCUGGGGCUGGAUACGGAUCUGGCGCUGGAUCAGGUGCUGGAUUCGGAUCGGGUGCCGGAGCCGGAGCUGGGUCAGGUUCAGGAGCUGGUUACGGAAGUGGUUUUGGUGCUGGAUCAGGUGCAGGAGCCGGAGCGGGAUCAGGCGCAGGUGCGGGAGCUGGAUACGGAAGCGGAUUCGGUACUGGAGCUGGAGCUGGAACUGGGAGAGGUUCUGGAGCCGGUUACGGAAGUGGCUAUGGAGCUGGUUCAGGUUCCGGAAUUGGUAUUGGUUCAGGAUUAGGUGUUGGAUCAGGAUACGGAAGCGGUUAUGGUGCCGGAGCUGGUGCUGGAUCAGGUGCAGGAUACGGAGCAGGUUCAGGUGCUGGAGCUGGAUCGGGAGCAGGAGCUGGAUAUGGAUCAGGUUCUGGAGCUGGAUCAGGAGCUGGGGCAGGAUCUGGAUCAGGAGCUGGAGCUGGUUACGGAUCGGGAUCAGGAAGCGGUUAUGGAGCUGGAUCAGGUUCAGGAGCCGGAGCUGGUUCAGGUGCUGGAGCUGGAUCGGGUGCAGGAGCGGGAUCUGGCUCAGGUGCUGGAGCUGGAUCGGGUGCAGGAGCAGGAUCUGGCUCAGGUGCUGGAGCUGGAUACGGAUCUGGCGCUGGAUCAGGUGCUGGAGCGGGAGCUGGAUUCGGAUCGGGUGCCGGAGCCGGAGCUGGGUCAGGUUCAGGAGCUGGUUACGGAAGUGGUUUUGGUGCUGGAUCAGGUGCAGGAGCCGGAGCUGGAUACGGAAGAGGAUUCGGUACUGGAGCCGGAUAUGGCGCUGGAUCAGGUGCGGGAGCUGGAGCUGGAACUGGGAGAGGUUCUGGAGCCGGUUACGGAAGUGGCUAUGGAGCUGGUUCAGGUUCCGGAAUUGGUAUUGGUUCAGGAUUAGGUGCUGGAUCGGGAUACGGAAGCGGUUAUGGUGCCGGAGCUGGUGCUGGAUCAGGUUCAGGAUACGGAGCAGGUUCAGGUGCUGGAGCUGGAUCGGGAGCAGGAGCUGGAUAUGGAUCAGGUUCUGGAGCUGGAUCAGGAGCUGGCGCAGGAUCUGGAUCAGGAGCUGGAGCUGGUUACGGAUCGGGAUCAGGAAGCGCUUAUGGAGCUGGAUCAGGUUCAGGAGCCGGAGCUGGUUCAGGUGCUGGAGCUGGAUCGGGUGCAGGAGCGGGAUCUGGCUCAGGUGCUGGAGCUGGAUCGGGUGCAGGAGCAGGAUCUGGCUCAGGUGCUGGAACUGGAUACGGAUCUGGCGCUGGAUCAGGUGCUGGAUACGGAUCGGGAGCCGGGGCCGGAGCUGGGUCAAGUUCAGGAGCCGGUUACGGAAGUGGUUCUGGAGCUGGAUCCGGUGCUGGAGCGGGAUCUGGAAGUGGUUAUGGUGCUGGAUCUGGCGCAGGAGCAGGAGCUGGUUCAGGUGCUGGAUCGGGUGCAGGAGCCGGAUAUGGAUCAGGUGCUGGAGCUGGAUACGGAUCUGGCGCUGGAUCAGGUGCUGGAGCGGGAGCUGGUUUCGGAUCGGGUGCCGGAGCCGGAGCUGGGUCAGGUUCAGGAGCUGGUUACGGAAGUGGUUUUGGUGCUGGAUCAGGUUCCGGAAUUGGUAUUGGUUCAGGAUUAGGUGCUGGAUCGGGAUACGGAAGCGGUUAUGGUGCCGGAGCUGGUGCUGGAUCAGGUGCAGGAUACGGAGCAGGUUCAGGUGCUGGAGCUGGAUCGGGAGCAGGAGCUGGAUAUGGAUCAGGUUCUGGAGCUGGAUCAGGAGCUGGCGCAGGAUCUGGAUCAGGAUCUGGAGCUGGUUACGGAUCGGGAUCAGGAAGCGGUUAUGGAGCUGGAUCAGGUUCAGGAGCCGGAGCUGGUUCAGGUGCUGGAGCUGGAUCGGGUGCAGGAGCGGGAUCUGGCUCAGGUGCUGGAGCUGGAUCGGGUGCAGGAGCAGGAUCUGGCUCAGGUGCUGGAGCUGGAUACGGAUCUGGCGCUGGAUCAGGUGCUGGAUACGGAUCGGGAGCCGGGGCCGGAGCUGGGUCAGGUUCAGGAGCCGGUUACGGAAGUGGUUCUGGAGCUGGAUCCGGUGCUGGAGCGGGAUCUGGAAGCGGUUAUGGUGCUGGAUCUGGCGCAGGAGCAGGAGCUGGUUCAGGUGCUGGAUCGGGUGCAGGAGCCGGAUAUGGAUCAGGUGCUGGAGCUGGAUACGGAUCUGGCGCUGGAUCAGGUGCUGGAGCGGGAGCUGGAUACGGAUCUGGUGCAGGAGCUGGAGCUGGGUCAGGUUCAGGAGCUGGUUACGGAAGUGGUUCUGGUGCUGGAUCAGGUGCAGGAUCGGGAUACGGAAGCGGUUAUGGUGCCGGAGCCGGAGUUGGAUCAGGUGCAGGAUACGGAGCAGGAUCAGGUGUAGGCUACGGAGCAGGAUUAGGUGCUGGAGCUGGAUCGGGAGCAGGAGCUAGAUAUGGUUCAGGAGCUGGAGCUGGUUAUGGAUUGGGUGCCGGAGCGGGAUCAGGAAGUGGAUAUGGUGUUGGAGCCGGCACGGGAUCAGGUGCAGGAGCCGGAGCUGGAUCAGGCGCAGGAGCUGGAGCUGGAUACGGAACAGGAUUUGGCACUGGAUCAGGUGCUGGUUCAGGAUCCGGAACAGGAGCUGGUUCAGGAUCAGGUGCUGGAUUGGGAUAUGGAAGCGGUUAUGGUGCUGGAACAGGUGCUGGAGCUGGAUAUGGAAGAGGAUUAGGUGCUGCAGCCGGAUAUGGCACUGGAUCAGGUGCAGGUGCCGGAGCUGGUUCAGGUGCUGGAGCUGGAUCGGGAGCAGGAUCCGGAUCUGGGUCGGGUGCUGGUGCUGGAUACGGAUCUGGCGCAGGAUCAGGAGCUGGAGCUGGAUCUGGAUCAGGAUCAGGAGCGGGAGCAGGAGCCGGAGCUGGGUCAGGUUCUGGAGCCGGUAACGGAAGUGGUUCUGGAGCUGGAUCAGGUGCCGGAGCGGGAACUGGAAGUGGAUAUGGUACUGGAGCUGGCGCUGGAUCAGGUGCAGGGGCAGGAGCUGGAUCGGGCGUAGGUGCGGGAGCUGGAUCAGGUUCUGGAGCCGGUUUCGGAAGUGGCUAUGGUGCUGGUUCAGGAUACGGAAUUGGUGUUGGUUCAGGAUCAGGUGCUGGAGCUGGAUACGGAAGAGGAUUAGGUGCUGGAGCCGGAUAUGGAGCUGGAUCAGGUGCAGGAUCGGGAUCUGGUAGCGGUUACGGAGCGGGAUCAGGUGCAGGAGCCGGAGCAGGUUCAGGUGCUGGAGCUGGAUCGGGUGCAGGAGCGGGAUCUGGAUCAGGUGCUGGAUACGGAUCGGGAGCCGGAGCCGGAGCUGGGUCAGGUUCAGGAGCCGGUUACGGAAGUGGUUCUGGAGCUGGAUCCGGUGCUGGAGCGGGAUCUGGAAGCGGUUAUGGUGCUGGAUCUGGUGCAGGAGCAGGAGCUGGUUCAGGUGCUGGAUCGGGUGCAGGAGCCGGAUAUGGAUCAGGUGCUGGUGCUGGAUACGGAUCUGGAGCUGGAUCAGGUGCUGGAGCGGGAGCUGGAUACGGAUCGGGUGCAGGAGCUGGAGCUGGGUCAGGUUCAGGAGCUGGUUACGGAAGUGGUUCUGGUGCUGGAUCAGGUGCAGGAUCGGGAUACGGAAGCGGUUAUGGUGCCGGAGCCGGUGUUGGAUCAGGUGCAGGAUACGGAGCAGGAUCAGGUGUAGGCUACGGAGCAGGAUCAGGUGCUGGAGCUGGAUCGGGAGCAGGAGCUGGAUAUGGAUCAGGAGCUGGAGAUGGUUACGGAUUGGGUGCCGGGGCGGGAUCAGGAAGUGGAUAUGGUGUUGGAGCCGGCACGGGAUCAGGUGCAGGAGCCGGAGCUGGAUCAGGCGCAGGAGCUGGAGCUGGAUACGGUACAGGAUUUGGCACUGGAGCCGGAUAUGGCACUGGAUCAGGAGCUGGAUCAGGUGUAGGUGCCGGAGCUGGUUCAGGUGCUGGAGCUGGAUCGGGAGCAGGAGCCGGAUCUGGGUCGGGUGCUGGUGCUGGAUACGGAUAUGGCGCUGGAGCUGGAUACGGAUCGGGUGCCGGAGCUGGAUCUGGAUCAGGAGCCGGAGCUGGAGCUGGAUACGGAUUUGGCGCUGGAUCAGGUGCAGGAGCGGGCGCUGGAUCAGGUGCAGGAGCCGGAGCUGGAUCAGGUGCUGGAGCUGGAUACGGAUUUGGCGCUGGAUCAGGAACUGGAGCUGGAUCUGGAUCAGGAGCGGGCGCUGGAUACGGAUCGGGUGCAGGAGCCGGAGCUGGGUCAGGUUCUGGAACCGGUUACGGAAGUGGUUCUGGAGCUGGAUCAGGUGCCGGAGCUGGAUACGGAAGCGGUUAUGGUGCCGGAGCCGGUGCUGGAUCUGGUGCAGGAUACGGAGCAGGAUCAGGUGCAGGCUACGGAGCAGGAUUAGGUGCUGGAGCUGGAUCGGGAGCAGGAGCUGGUGCUGGAUCAGGUGCUGGAGCGGGAGCUGGAUCUGGAUCAGGUGCUGGAGCGGGAGCUGGAUCUGGAUCAGGGGCGGGAUCUGGAUACGGAUCAGGUGCCGGUACUGGAGCUGGGUCUGGUUACGGAAGUGGCUAUGGAGUUGGUUCAGGUGCUGGAGCUGGAUCUGGCGCUGGAGCAGGAUCUGGAUAUGGAUCGGGUGCCGGUGCCGAUGCAGGGUCUGGUUCUGGAGCCGGUUACGGAAGCGGCUAUGGUGCUGGUUCUGGAGUUGGAUCAGGUGCAGUAGCAGGAUCUGGAUCAGGUGCGGGAGCUGGAGCAGGUUAUGGUGCGGGAUCAGGUGCUGGAGCCGGAGCAGGAUCUGGAAGCGGUUAUGGUGCUGGAGCUGGAGCAGGUUAUGGUGCGGGAUCAGGUGCUGGAGCCGGAGCAGGAUCUGGAAGCGGUUAUGGUGCUGGAGCUGGAGCAGGUUAUGGUGCGGGAUCAGGUGCUGGAGCCGGAGCGGGAUCUGGAAGCGGUUAUGGUGCUGGAGCUGGCGCUGGAUCAGGUGCAGGAGCAGGAUCUGGAUCAGGCGCUGGAGCUGGAGCAGGUUAUGGUGCGGGAUCAGGUGCUGGAGCCGGAGCGGGAUCUGGAAGCGGUUAUGGUGCUGGAGCUGGCGCUGGAUCAGGUGCAGGAGCAGGAUCUGGAUCAGGCGCUGGAUCAGGUGCGGGAGCUGGAGCAGGUUAUGGUGCGGGAUCAGGUGCUGGAGCCGGAGCAGGAUAUGGAAGCGGUUAUGGUGCUGGAGCUGGAGCAGGUUAUGGUGCGGGAUCAGGUGCUGGAGCCGGAGCAGGAUCUGGAAGCGGUUAUGGUGCUGGAGCUGGAGCAGGUUAUGGUGCGGGAUCAGGUGCUGGAGCCGGAGCGGGAUCUGGCAGCGGUUAUGGUGCUGGAGCUGGCGCUGGAUCAGGUGCAGGAGCAGGAUCUGGAUCAGGCGCUGGAUCAGGUGCGGGAGCUGGAGCAGGUUAUGGUGCGGGAUCAGGUGCAGGAGCAGGAUCUGGAUCUGGAAGCGGUUAUGGUGCUGGAGCUGGAGCAGGUUAUGGUGCGGGAUCAGGUGCUGGAGCCGGAGCAGGAUCUGGAAGCGGUUAUGGUGCUGGAGCUGGAGCAGGUUAUGGUGCGGGAUCAGGUGCUGGAGCCGGAGCGGGAUCUGGAAGCGGUUAUGGUGCUGGAGCUGGCGCUGGAUCAGGUGCAGGAGCUGGCGCUGGAUCAGGUGCAGGAGCAGGAUCUGGAUCAGGCGCUGGAUCAGGUGCGGGAGCUGGAGCAGGUUAUGGUGCGGGAUCAGGUGCAGGAGCAGGAUCUGGAUCAGGCACUGGAUCAGGUGCGGGAGCUGGAGCAGGUUAUGGUGCGGGAUCAGGUGCUGGAGCCGGAGCUGGAUAUGGUGGAGGUUUUGGUGCUGGUUCAGGAUCUGGAUCGGGUGCUGGUGCUGGUGUGGGAUCUGGAAGUGGUUAUGGCACUGGAGCCGGAUCUGGAGCAGGAGCUGGAUCUGGUGCAGGUGCUGGAUCUGGGGUAGGAGCCGGAGCUGGAUCAGGUUCUGGAGCCGGUUAUGGAAGUGGCUAUGGUGCUGGUUCUGGAGCUGGAUCAAGUGCUGGAGCGGGAUCUGGAAGCGGUUAUGGAACUGGAGCGGGAACUGGCUCUGGAUCAGGUGUUGGUUUUGGAGCCGGAUACGGAGGAGGUUACGGUGCUGGUUUCGGAGCUGGAAGCGGCGUCGGAUAUGGUGCUGGCGCAGGAGCUGGUGCAGGAACUGGUAAUGUCAUUGGAGAUGCCUUUGCUCAAGAGUUUACCAAGAAUUUACUAUCCUCGGGUGUUUUAACCUCUGAAACUGUAACUUCCUCUUCUGCUCAAGCGACUGCAUCCUCAAUGGCUGCUACUGCAGCUCAAAGCUUGGGCUUGGAUGCUAAUACGGCUAACUACUUGUCUAACGAAAUGGCCAGAAUGGCUGCUUCCAUGGCACAGAGUGCUAGCGACCAGGCUGCUUUUGUUCAGGCUCUGUCGUAUAACAUGGGAAAACUUCUUGCGGAAUCUGGUGCGAUUAAUGAAAGUACAGCGUCAUCUGCUGCCUCAAGCGCCUCUUCUUCGGUAACCCAAACUAUAAGAACUUACGAUCUUGGAGGAGGAGCUGGAUACGGUGGCGCAGCGGCAGCUGGCGCUGGUGCAUCAGCUGCGGCUGGAGCUUCAGCAUCUUCAAGUGUCUCGUCUUCUAGUGGAGUUGGUACUGCAAAUUACGGUGGAUAUGGAUAUGGAACGGCUGGUGCAGCAACAGAAGCUGGUGCGUAUAGUAGUGCACUGAGUGGUCUGGCAUCCCCUGAAGCGGUAAAUAGAAUAGUGUCUAACAUUGGACCUAUUGUAUAUGGUGGUUCGUCCGCUCUAUCCGAUGUAGCAUCAAAUAUUAUCUCCCAAGUUAGCGCUUCUGCUUAUGGUGCCUCUGCUAAUGACGUUGUAAUCCAAGGUUUGCUGGAAUUGAUUUCUAUUCUUGUUCAUAUAAUAAAUAAUUGCUCCAUUGGUCCUGUUAACCCAAAUGGAGCUGAUGCAUCUCUGGCUACUGUCAGACAGGCAAUGGCGCCUAUUCUUGGUUAAAUCAGAUAAAUGCCUCUUACUAAAUAAAAUCACAAUGUUCUUCGGAAAAUUGUUAACCGUUUUAUCAUUACAUUUAUUAAAUGCAAAUAAAUUUCUUAUGCCAAAAA